UUGUCCCCAAAGGUCAGGUUAAAAGUCAGAUGGGGAAAAAACUUGCUUUAAUCCAAAAUAUCAAGUGAUUUUGGUAAUGAGGGCAUCCUUGCACAUCUGAAAAUGGUGGCAGCUUCUCUCUAAACCAUUCAGAAAGUGGUGUCCCCAAAAGUAGGGAGUUCUGUCAUAUGACCCCAAAAGUGGCCUAAGUAGGUAUGUGUGUGUCAGAGUGGCGUAGUGAAGCAGCGUCUCUCAGCAGGUCUGCAGUUCAGCUGAAAGCUGUUCUGACUGUGGAGCAGCCACAUGGUCAGCAGGGGGCGCUGCUGCUGUGGGGAGCAGCUGUGGACUGGCUGCCUCGCUUCAGCAGAGACAGCAGAGCCACCGUGUGGGACUUCCACCUCCUCCUGGUGAGGGACGGAUUGACCUCUGACCUCCCGGAGCUGCACUCCACCCCCUGGAGCUCCGUUCAAGCUAUGGACCCGACCGACCGGCGGGUGCUGGACUUCAACAAGACACGGCGGCAUCAGAACGACCACGGCAGCCCGGUGGAGCUGGACGUGGACACACUGCUGUCCCAGAAGUACAGCGGUGAGGUGGAGCUCAGAGUCCAAGUCUUCACCUUCCACUUCCAGAAUGCUCCGCCCUCCCAGACUACACCUGCAGCAGUGCUGGACAGCUCCACGCCGCCGGACGGCAUCAUGGCGGCACUGAGCGGUGACAUCACCUACACCGGCUGCGGUCGCUGCGCCGCCGAGCUCGACACCGACGCCAACGGCAUCUACAGCCCCUGCUACCCCUGCCUGCCGCACACCACCGUACGCCGUUACUACAGGCCAGGUGUGCUGACGGUGAGUGGGCGGGGCUGCCGUUACCUGAGUGUCCAGGUGCCGCCAGUUCCCCUUCAGAAGAUCCUCAAUGCUCCACCUGACAAACUCCAGCGAAGCUCAGUUCCAGGCUCGGAGGUGAAGCUCAUCCAGGUGGCAGCAGAGCGGCUCCAGGACCUCCUCUCCCUCCCCAGGAAAACCUUCAUCAUCACCAUCCGGAGCCACUUCCUGUGUGAUGAGAACAGCGUCCCCAUCCACCAGGACUUCAGGCUGCUGGAUCUUCAGUUCCCCAGCUGACAGCACACCUGGUGGGCGGGGCAUCAGGUGGAAACUCCAGUCAUCGUGUCUGGAUGAUGUAGACACGAGUGGGAUGUUUAAUGUCCUGCAUACUGUGAUGAUUAAAGGGGGCGGAGCUGUUUAAGCCUUUAAAUGUCAAAUCAAACAUUUUAUCCAGAUCAUUUUUCUGUGUUUUCACAAACAGAAACUCUAAAGACAAAAAGAGAUUUCUCCAAAUAAUGUAAAAAUGGACUAAAACCAUCUUUGUGAUCCUGAGAUAAUCUUAACUGACUGCUGUCACGGCCGCAUGUGGCUUCAGGGCAUUAAGAUUAAUUUAAAAAAUGUGAGAAAAAUCAUUUUUUAAAAAAGAAGAAGUUUCAUGAUUGAAUAAAUGCUGCUUCACA